AUGGGGAAGCUUAUACAGGGCAGAUAUAGCCGAGUCCCCAGCGAGGGUGAAAAGAAGCAACUUGCGGACGAGCGAAGACUGUUUGGAGACUAUGUCCCUAUCCAUGACCCCGGGAGCGUGAGGAUAAGCAUUCCCGGAACGUCUACCGCCAAUAAGCCCAAGCCCGCUUCAGCGGCUAAGUCGUUUUCAGUUUUUAAGCCAACUAAUACGCUCGGUACACGCCCAAGUAAACCCGCUCCUCGCCCAGCAAACAGCAAUAUCUACAGCCCAUAUUUUUGUUCGAAACCUAUACUUGAAACCUCACCCACCAGCGAUCACAGCGAGCGUCCGCGGAAAAAGCAAAAGACAGAAACGUCAAAGGACGUCAUAGAAUUGGACGAUGAGAAAACUACCGGUCCUGCACCUUCGCUAACUAAACUUGUAUCUCCUAUUCGCUCUCCCGUUCGAAGUCCAGCGUACCAGAAGCAGAGAGCGAUUCCGUCAACGAGUGAAUAUUGGGAGACCGAGAAAGCCACGCACCCCUCUACGCUUCCGGUUAAAAGUAAGAAAGGAUGGGUAGGGCGCGUGGGGGAUGAUCCUGAGGAAUUUGACGUGGAAUCAUUUGUCAAGGAAGCAACAAAAGAGCGCAAACGUACGACAUCUAGGAACAAGAGUAAGGCCCUCUUGCCCGAAACAAACGCGAAAAUGGGUUCGUUCAUGUCGGCUAUGGAAGCCUCCAUGUCUUCCAGAGACUCGGGUCGAAUUGAUGGUGACGGCGCUAUAUCGGAGUCCGAAGAACGCAGGCUGGUGCAAAGAGAAAGCCCAGAUGAGCUUCAAGGCGAAACAACUGUGGAUGACUCGUGGCGUAAAAACGCUGAAAGGAUAGUUUCACCAAGUAAUAUUCGCCCAACAUCAUUUCCAGCAGUCCAGAAGAAUCGGAAAGAACCUAGAAGACAAAGUUCGCGAGAAUCAACGUUCUCUGUCUGUCUGUUCCGUUACGGAGAUGAUGAAAUGACUGGAACCAUGCGACUUAUUGUGGACAGAAAAAGAGUGACUUUGUCGCUGAAGCCCUCCCAGAAUUCAGCUAAUGCCAAAUCCUACGACAUCAAGAAGACAAUAUCUGUCUACUACGAUGAAAAAGAUAACCUCCCGAAGCUUCGGCUUAAGUUCUCGAAAGCAAAAGAUACAGCGGACAGUGCUGAUAUGAUAUUUCUUACCGGGAAAGAUCGCAGUCGUUUCUGCCUUUUGAUUAAAACUUGGUGGAUGGAUAAAAUGUUCAGUCUCGCAACGCCUACCGAAACGAUCGACGAGCCUCCUUCCAGGCUCAAGCGUCAUCCUCUAAAGGAGAUAUCUUCUGACAAAGAGGACAAGAUCUCACAAACCCCAAACCAGAAACGGGUCAAGCUAAGCGAUUCCCUUGUGAAUGGAUCUGCCGACCGUUCCGCAGAGACGACUGCCCCAGGAAAAAUGCAAAGGAUUGAAAGCGUUUGUAUCCCGAGGGCGCAGGAUUCUCGCGUAGAAUCAUUUGAUUCUUUUAGUCAUUCUCACCCUAAGGCUGUUAACUCGGGAGAAGCGGUACGAAUUCCUGUUAAAACCUAUAAAUCGCCUAGAACUACGGUUCAUGCGACCCGAUCGAAAACGCGCAGGCAGCGUGCAGAUAUUGACAGUGACGGCGAUGUACCAUCGGAAUCGUCUUAUGGACGAGGCCAGUGGAAAAGGUGGAGCAAGCCACUUCUGUAUCCCAAAGUUGGCAAGAAGAGGGCGGAAGUCGAAGCGCACGAUCUAGCACGCUUGAAAGACGGUGAGUUCUUAAACGACAAUCUUAUAGAGCUCUAUAUUCGUUUCCUGGAACAUCAUCUGGAGCGGCAGCAUCCAGAAACCUUCAAACGAAUGUACUUUUUCAAUUCUUUUUUCUAUGCCAGCUUGACGAAUACUUCAAGGGGCAAAAAAGGAAUCAAUUAUCUCGGAGUGGAAAAAUGGACGAGGUCCGUGGAUAUAUUCAGCCGCGAUUAUGUUGUGGUCCCGAUAAAUGAGAACGCCCAUUGGUAUAUGGCGAUUAUAUGUAACUUGCCGGCGCUAUUUGACUCAGCCCCCAAGAAGCAAAAGAGUGUUCAGGAAACUAUGGCCCGCGAUGAAGAAAAUGCGAGUGGAGAACAUGAAACUUCCAACCUUCAUACCACGGAUGAUGGCCAUGAAACCCCUCAUAGCACAUCUAGUGACGAGCAAUCGGAUAUUGGUAAGGAUAGGAACCUUACAAAAUCUUUUGGUUCAAUGGCCUUAUCAGAUAAAACUACAGAAUCACCCUUCGGGGUCACUGAAUCUCCGAGAGAAACUGAACUCACGGACAAAGAUGAAUGGCCAAAUGAUGAUGAAUAUUCAGCAUUGAUUUCAAGAACGAAACAACCUGCUAUGGAGAGAAGUUUGGAUGAAAAAACCAGCAAAUCGAAGUCAAAAAAGAAACGUGGCCAAAAACACCCCCCUCUACAGAAAUACGAGACGAAGCAACCUAUUAUUAUAACAUUUGAUUCACUAGGGUGUUCCAGGUCUCCAACCUCGCGGACACUACGAGAGUAUCUCGAGGAAGAGGCGAAAUCUAAACGGGCCGUUGAUAUUGAUGUCAAGGAGGUCAAAGGAAUGACAGCAAAACAGAUUCCGCUGCAGCCCAAUUUCUCUGAUUGUGGCCUUUACCUCCUAGCGUACCUUGAGAAAUUUGUUCAAGAUCCCGACUCUUUUGUCAAGAAGUUGUUACAGAGAGAAAUGGAUGCGAAGAACGACUGGCCAAAUUUGAGAUCAGGUGUACUUCGUCGUCGGUUACGUGGCUUCCUCGAUCAGCUCUAUGAAGAGGAAAGCGGGAAACAGGAUGGGCCACUGCUGGUCGAUUCUAAGCCGUUGAAUAUUUUAUUGGUUGAUGCAGAUGCCGAUAAGCGGAAGAGUCAAUCGAAAAACUGUUCAGAGGCAUCAACAUCAUCGCCGAAACCACUUGAAGCACCUCAAGCCUCGCUUCAUAAGGAGGCUCUUAGACCUCUUGCGGAUCAUGACGGACCCCAAGGAGACAGGCGGGCCCGAAAGGUGUCGCGGCCAACAACUCCAGUAAAAGGGUCUCUAUCGUCUCGCGGAAAAGAAGCAAAAAGCGACUCGGGUCUAGUGGAUAUCACUAUUGGCACGGAGCCGCCUAAGUCUCCCGAUUCGCUCCUUAAUGAUAUCGAAGCAGCUGUUUGGUCAGGGUCGACCGACCGCAAACCUCAGAAGUACAAAUCUAUAGUGGAAAUUCCUAGGACCCCGUCUCCCGAGGUUCAGAGUAUACAAAGGGAUCGAAGCAGCAGUGAGCGCAUCUUGAACAGUCCCUUGUUGUCGAGCCCCUCGAAGCGGGUGAAACGGAGCCGUUAG